AUGUUCAGACAUGCGCUACAAGCUGUUGCAUUCCUCAGCGAGGAGAAAAUCGCCGCCAAAGUGGAGCACCUGAAGAAAGCGUUCAGGUGGUCGGAUGCCGAGGUGGGCAUUGCUUUUUCUAAGGCUCCAGCGUUGCUCAUGAGGGCUAAGGAAUCGCUGCAGCGCAGGUCCGAGUUCCUCAUCUCCGAGGUGGGCUUGCAACCGGCUUACAUUGCUCAACAGCCGGCAAUUGUCUGUUACAGCCUAGAGGGCCGGCUCAGGCCCCGGUACUAUGUUGUAAAGUUUCUCAAGGAAAAUGGAUUGCUCAUGCGUGACCCGAGCUACAGUACUGUUUUCAAGAAGGCUGAGAAGGUGUUCAGGGAGAAGUUCAUAUGCCCUUACAAGGAAGCUGCACCACACCUCGAAGAAGACUAUGAUGCUGCUUGUAAAGGGGAAAUGGCGGCUAAUUUCAGAUUCACAUGA